CCUGCGCACUCGCACUUGGCCCCACCCCUCUCGGCCAAAGGGCUGCCCCAUAAGGGCCGGCGGAAUGAGGAGCAGCAGUUAGUGAGACCGGCUGCGGGAUGGAGAGCGCGCUGGGCUGUGACGAUGAGAUCUUGCUCCGAUCAGAGAGAGAAUUUCACAAGGCAGCCAAGACAAACAACAUUGAGAAGAUGAAGCAGCUCAUGGAGCAUGGAGUGGAUGUCCGGGUGAAGAACAGUGUAGACAGGACAGCCCUACACUGGGCAGCCGGCGCUGGGCACAGGCAGGUGGUACAACUACUUUUGGAACAUGAUGUACCUGUGGAUGAGGAAGACAGUUUUGGGAUGAAUGCACUGCUGCUUGGGGCCUGGUUUGGGCAUCUUCCAAUUCUGCAGAUCCUUGUAAAUGCUGGAGCCAAAAUAAACUGCCAGAAUAAGAAUGGACGGAACUUGCUCCAUUGUGCAGCUCUGAGAGGUCACAUCAAAGUCAUGGAAUUUAUUAUGGAGGACCUGGAAGGCAUCAAGCUUGAUAAAGUAGAUAAGUCGGGCAAGACAGCUUUUCACUUGGCUGCAGAACAUGGCAAGUUGGAGGUUGUGGAAUUCCUGAUUGGUUCUGGGUGUCAGCACAGCUUAAAGGACAAGGAUGAAAACACUGCUCUGCACUUGGCAGCCAAGAAUGGGCACAUAGAUGUCUUACAGAAGAUUGUGGAGACUGGGGUUGAGCUGAAUGAAAAGAAUACAGAAGGCAUGACAGCUUUGCACCUGGCCACAGAAGGGGGAUAUUUUGAUUGUGUGAGAAUCCUCUUAGAUGCAGACUGUGAGGUGAAUGUCCAAACAGAGAAGGGUAUGAAUGCCCUUCAUUACUCUGCUUUCCAUGGACACGAAGACAUUGCCAGGAUCCUUAUAGAAGCAGGGAUCAACAUCAAUGCUGUAAACCAUAGAAAAUCCACGGCUCUGCACAUCUCCAUACUGCAGAACUUCCCUGCUAUGGUCAAGCUCUUAAUAGACUUUGAGUGUGAUCUGGACAUCCCUGAUUAUAGGCUGCAAACUCCUCUUCAUAUUGCGGCAGAGCAUGGACGACAAGAAAUGGCUGAAGUGAUUCUCAUCUCUGGAGUAAACCUGAAGCUGCAGGAUAAGCAGGGGAAAACUUCUCUUGAUGUGGCUGCACGGGGGAAUCAUAUCAAUCUAGCAGAUAUGAUUAUUAAGGCUGAUCGCUUCUAUAAGUGGGAGAAGGACAAUCUAAACAGUGAUUCAGACUCUUGGGUGGCCAGACAUCUGACCUUCAGGCAGGACCAUCGAUUUGAGACACAGCACAUCCGAUCUGUUAUCUGGAGACUGGCAACCAAAUACUUAAAACAAAAUGAGUGGAAGAAACUGGCUCACUACUGGAAAUUCACAGAUGCUCAUAUACGUGCUAUAGAGCAACAAUGGACAGGUACUAAAAGUUUCCGGGACCAUGGGCACAGGAUGCUGCUGAUAUGGCUCCAUGGAGUGGUGAUGGCAGGAGAACACCCUAUAAAAGGCCUUUACGAGGGACUAGUGGGCAUUGCAAGAAGAGAUUUGGCAGAAAGCAUCAGAAGCAAAGCAAACGCAGAGGAUUCUUCUCCAAGGAAGUGUGCAGCCAUGUGAACGUCUGUGCCGUGUACCCAGCUGACCACAGGGCACUGAAGGAGAUAAAAACUUACCAGCGCUAUCACUUUAAGGGCUGAUUCUAAAACCUAUGGUGCCACUUGAAAUCAGUGUCAGGUUGCAGAACAGGACAAGGAAACAUUACAUCCAAUUUGCAGCCGAGCGAGAUGCCAUUUCCUGAUACGUCUCAGAGCUCUUUCCCUCUGAACCCCCGGUGCCAGUGCUGCAAAAGCAAGGACGUCUCAUUGUAUAGUUCAGCACUUCCUGUGAGUUUACAAUCUCUGCAUCUGCCGUGUUUCUCUACUGACAAUUUUUAUGGUUCAUGUGAGGAGAAUUCCUGUUGCUCAGAACACGUGUGUGUGAUACUGAAUCUCUUCCCUGAACAAUCAGGGACACGUUUCCCAGAAUUCCUCAUGCUUGUGCAAUCUCAAGUACUUCCCGUGUGAAAGAGCGAUGUUUGUUGAAUUUACAUGUGAGUGUUUUUUUCUUAAUUUGCUUUCAAAUAGUUUUCAAGGAGUGAUCAUUUCAGAAAACACAGCUUCAAUUACUGGCAGAGUUGUUGCUGCUAAUUAGAGGUACAUAUCUCGGGCCCUGCCUAUUAUUUAUCUAGAACAUUCCACAGAGCAAUUCCUGUAAUCUAGGGACCAAUUUACUAAAAUUUGAAUUUCCGUUUUUUUUUUCCCUAAAAAUUCAUGUAUUUUUUAAAAGGUCUCUAAAACUGUUUUGUAGGGGUUGCUUAAUUGAUUUAGAAAGGAGAUGUUGUAUACGUUGUCACGGUGAUCAAACCAUUAUGUUGCCUGGGCAAUUUAGCUCAGGAAUGGACAAAACAUAUUAAAAGAACAGGAACAGCAUACAUUAAAAGUGUUUAAAAGUAAUAAAAGGAGUGGUUCACCUUUAAGAUAAGUUUUAUUAUUGAUAAA